AUGGAAACUACUUCUGUUUCCUACAUUCGUGAUGUGUGCCUUGGCCUAGUACAUGGAGUUUAUUAUAGUCGAUGGCAUCUCUUCCAUUCGUAUGCAGUUGUGCCUGUGGGGAUUAUCAUCUUGCUUAUGAUUCUUUAUGGACUUAACCAGCUUUUGACCCAAUGUUUUCAAAAUUACGUUUCCUUGUUCUGUGUUGGGCAUGUUGAUCAACUUGGUGGUUCUUUGCACCUUGAAUGUUUUGUCACAGCUUCUGGGUCCGGAGAGGUCGUUGCGGCAGCGUGUUGGGUCAACAUCGUUAGCUUUGCUUACUCAUUAUUUGACAUUAAUCAAGCCGUCGAUGAACUUUACCUUGAAAUGGAUCAAUGUAUUUUUCAUUCCAUCGUUCAUCAUUUUGCCGCUUUCAGACCCCAUAAGUUUCAUCGAGUGCCUCAAGAUAGCGGCUGUGUUUGUGGUGGGGUUUUUGGCUCUCUUUUUUCCUUGACGUAUACAUCAUUUGGGGUUUCAAGCAAGUAUUGGCACUCUUUAAUUUGCUUCCAGAAACAGAAAAUGCCGCUACGUCUUCAGACGAAGAAUUUGCAGAAGACAUAG